CCUCGAUCAACAUUGUAGGCGCAUCACAGUCACGGAAGAACGAACGAACGAACGAACGAUCGCAGCAAUGGCUUCAUUUCGUGUGGUUUUAAUCUCCGGUUGCUCCACUGGCAUUGGCCUAGAAACUGCCGUGCUUUUAGCCAAAGAUCCCGAGAAACGUUUUAAGGUGUACGCUACGAUGAGAAACCUGGACAAAAAGACGGCCCUUGAGAAUGAGGGAAAGGAUGCACUUGGUGAUACAUUGAUUAUCAAAGCCAUGGAUGUGAGCUCUGACGAAUCUGUCAAAAGUGCCGUUGAGGAGAUAAUUGCUCAAGAAGGAAAAAUCGAUGAUCUCAGUAAGUGAAUUUCGAGGUGUCCUUGAUGUAAACGAGCUAAGAAUUCUGAAAAACUCAGAUGUGUUACAUUUUAUUUUGUAAGUGUAUUCACGCACCAUUUCAGGUCGCAUUAUUUACACAGGGGUAGUCAUGAAAAAUCUCUGCGCAUUAUUGAAAGCUCCACCACGAAAAUAAUCGCAUGUUUGUUGACAUGUUUAUGCUAGCACCACUUUUUCAUCUCGCAGGAUUAAUUUUGUUUCAAAUUAACAAGAGAUGAAACCGAUAUCGUAGAUGCAAUAAAAGCUAAAAUGAUUUGCAUAUCAGAAUACUGAAAAUGAUGAGUCAGAACAAUAGAGCCCUGAAAACAAAAGAGCAGGACAAAGCGUAUUUAUGAUGAAGCUUUAUCAAAUGACUGUGAACAUAUGAAAAUCAUAGAUGUGAACUGCGGAUAAAGACGUGAAUUCAACGGUAUCAUACAGGUUAUGGGUUCAAAUCCCGAACAGGCCAAAGGUUUUUGUUAGGCCUUAUUUUUCACUACUGCUCAAGUAGUGUUCAUUACUGCGAAGAUCGCUUUAAUAUUCACGAAGCUUUAUCACUUGGGAAAAAGGGAACUUCUUGUCACGGCAUCUGAGAGUGCAUUGCCAAAUAAAAAUAAACCUCAGAAUGUCAAUGACUGUCAGAUAGAAAACCAUUAAAAGCGAAAAAAAUUCAUCAAAUAUGAGCUGCAAGAAUAUUGCAAACACAAAAGAAAAAUUCAUAAUAUUAUGACAAGAUUUACGAGAACUAUUUUUAGGUAAACAAACGGCCCUGAUCAACCUUGUGUAAUCUUAAAAAUAGCCUUCGAGCAAAGUUGAGAAUACAUUCAUUAGACUUAUCUUAAAUCGACUACUGCAGAAAGAUGAAUAAAUAAGAGCAUAGAGCAUAACAUUCAUCUCUAAUGUAUUUCCUUGUCUCGCUUUAGCUGCUUAAUUUGGCCAGAAAUAAUACAGCCUGCUCGCUCGUUUUUCGCCCCAUGCCGUUAAUGAGCUAAUUAGCCUACGUGUAGCCGUACCCUCCCCCCCCUUAGAGUUUCACCUUGUGUUGUGCGCGGAGGGUACGGCUACACAUAGGCUACUCAUGAGCUCCCGCUUCGAUGGAAAAGUAGCAGAAGAGAUUGGUACUCAGGUUAGCUUGCAUGGCUCUAUCUGACCUGCAAUCAGUCGUUCAGUUUAUUUUCCUCGGUAAAGGGGUGGGGGGGGGGAGCACCAUUGGAUCUUACUUCAUACUAAAGGUGGGUUGGGAUCUUUCAUGUUUCACUCUGUCCGUUUUCUGUUUUCAGUAAACAACGCUGGUGUUGGUUGUGUCGGUGUUCUGGAGUGCAUGCCUAUGGAUCAAGUCAAACAAUUAUUUGAAGUGAAUUUUUUCGGAGCUCUUCGUUUGAUCCAGGCUGUACUCUCUGGUAUGAAAGCGAGGGAGAGUGGGUACAUUGUGAAUGUCAGCAGCAUGGCUGGGGAGUUGGGCGGACCGUUUAAUGACAUCUACUGUGCGUCAAAGUUUGCUCUGGGAGGACUCACAGAGUCACUGGCACCUGUGUUAAGGCAGUUCAAAAUCAAGUAAGGAUCUGUCCUUUUUUUUUUCGGAUUUGCGACGAUACAUUGCAAUUUCAAUCAGAGAGCGGCUCAGAAAGACAAAGUGACCAUCAUUAUAUGAUCAUUUUAAAUAAAUUUUUAAAUGAUUGAUAGUAAUCAUUUGAAAGUCUUUUAAUUAACUUUGACCAAGAACAAACAGUGGCCUAAUUUUAAGCGCACUUGUCUCUGCAUCGAAAGGUCUGGGUUCUAACCCUACCCGGAGCAUCAUGUUGUCAUCACACUAAAGAUACCUCUCUCCACCCUGGAGAGGGGUAUAACAUGAACGUGUCGGGGAAACUUGACGAGUCACAGGAGAGGGGAGAGGAGGAUCAGAUGAAAUAAAUCACUCUCUCCUUCCUCCAGGGAGGGGAAGGGGAAAUUAUGCAUCUCUUAUUUGCUUCAAAUUCAUUUUAUGGAAACCAGGAAAUGAAUCAUAACAAUCGACCAGCGUUCGACAUAUGAUGACGCGAAGAAUAGGAAAUUUUUUGACAUUCAAGUCUGAAUUUUCGGUCAAAUGGAAAGCAGUCACUUAUUUCCUCUGUUAUUUUUUAUUUCUACUCUAGGAUCUCAUUGGUGGAGCCCGGACCUGUUGGCACUUCGUUCUUCGCUAACAUACAGAACAUAGAUUCCUCCACCGCUGACCAAAAAACUGUCCAACUAAUGAAGAAUUGGUUUAACUAUAUAAAGGGGGCACUUGGUCCGUCAAUCUCUCAGAAAGGGGAGGAGAUUGCCCAAUGCAUCAAAGAGGUUCUCCUUUCAGAGAAACCUCACUAUAGAUAUCUAACCAAUGAUAAAUGUUUUGUUGAACAGAUAAGUGCUAAGCUGGCCGAUUUUUCAGGCGAUAAGCUCCAAGAAAUAAUGGGAAAACAUUGCUUCGGUCAGAAUGAGUGAGAGAAACAGAGAAUGUGAACAAUGUCUUAACUAUCUUUUCUCAAGACAACUGCCUUUGGUUUUUGGUAAGGAGUAACGUUGUGGUAAAGAAGCUGAUAAAGAAGCGCCUUCAAAUAAUUUUAUGCAAUAGUUUGUUAGUUAGGAAGAUUACGUAGACUGUAGAAAAAGAAAUGAUUGUAUAUCUACAGUAAAGGGGAAAUUAAUUUCAUGAUUUAGUAUUUGCAAAAUGAUUCCUGUAACAAGAGCUUUGAUCUCAAUAAAAGUGUGC